AGAGCUUUUCCAAAACCUCUGACUUGAACUUGGGAAGAUAGGGGCAUUUUGGUAAUUUUAGGUUCACCCUUAAAGACUUCGUAUGCUCACUUGCGUAAAAAAAAAUCUCUAAUUCAAUUUCGGAUGCUCUGCUUUAUCAAGCUAAAGACACUAACGGCGAGCUCCAAGAACCCUAAUUUCAGAACCGGAUCCCGCUUUGAAGAGAGUAAUUAUUGCCCUGAGAGUGAGAUCCAAAGAGAAUAUGAACAAGCCAAGCUUCUCCAAGUCUCUUUCUCAAGGAAAAAACUGGAAAUCUAAAUCCAUGAGGAUUAUUCCGGAGGAGUUUGAGAGAAGCAUCCCCAAGGCUUUUGAUGAGCAGAGGUUGGUGUUUAGUGUUCGUUGGGAGAAUUCGUGGCAAGUCUGGCUCGAAAGAGACAAAAAGGGUCUGUUUAUGGUAAAACAAGACUGGGAUGAGUUUGUGGAUGACAACCUUUUAGGUCCGAGUGACAUCUUGGUCUUCACACACCAAGACACGAUGCAUAUCGAAGUUCGAAUCUUCAAGAAAGAUGGUAAAGAGGUCUUCUCCGUACCUCUUGUAGUUGAACCCGAAACUGAAACAUUCCAUCAUCAUAAGCAGCCCCAGGAUUCUCACAAGGAGACGACAACCCCUGCAUCUGCAAGUGGAGGAACAGGUACUGGUCGGCGUGGUCGAGUGGCAAAGUGUGCUCAUGUAGAAAACCCUGAGAGAUACCUUGUAAAUCCCAAAAACCCUUACUUUACCAAGACGCUGACGAAGACGAACCAACUUCUGUAUGUAAGCAAUUUGGUGAUUGAAAAGUACGAAUUGGAGUUUGGUCCCAUUAAUUCCGCCAUGUAUUUCCAUCUCCCCGGUGGAGAAAAACAAGAGGGUUUCACUAAGAAUUACGGCAGUUCAUAUUGUUUCCUUGGAUGGGCAAAUGUGUGUCAAACCUGUAACCUGAAAGAAGGAGACACUGUUGUUUGUGAGCUUGAACUCUCGGGACGUGUGGUUGCAGCUGUUAGAGUUCACCUCCCACGCGCCCUCACGUGCGCGAAUGAGAUACUAAGCCAAGAGGUUCUAUCGGCAGCUGUACGGAUUCAUCCGAUUGGGCGACAAUUCACAGGAGGACCGAGAGCUGUGAAGAAAGUGUUAUAUAGAUUCGAGGGACAUGGAUUGUCAUCAUCAGUUGAGAAGAAACAAAGAAUGAGAUGUAGAGUCAGCUCAAACCCUACUGAAACUGAAGAAGAUUCUGCCACAAAGACCAAGAAGACGACGCCGUUUGGAUACACGAGGAAGGACGUUCUGUUGAUAGGAGUGGGAGUGACUGCACUUGGUAUCGGCCUAGAGAGUGGGCUUGAGUAUGUGGGAGUAGACCCGUUGCAAGCAGGUAAUGCUGUACAGCUGAUACUUGUGUUAGGCUUGACAUUGGGUUGGAUUUCUACUUAUAUCUUUCGAGUUGGUAACAAGGAGAUGACUUAUGCUCAGCAGCUUCGUGACUACGAGUCUCAAGUCAUGCAGAAACGGCUGGAGAGCUUAUCGGAGGCGGAGUUAGAAGCAUUGAUGGAACAGGUUGAUGAAGAGAAGAGACAGGUUGAG